GGGUGUAAAAUCUAAAAGGAAAAAAUUUAAUUCGGUAACAGUUUAUUAGCUGACCACCAGAGCAUGUCAAUGGCGCUGUCAUCGGUUGAUUCCUCGUCGCUGUCAAUUGUUAGCAAAGGGGACCGACACAAAAGUGGCUCAAGAAGAUAAACAACCGUGAAUAUUAGUGGUCCAAGCUUGACGAGGCGACAAAACCAAAAAAAUAGUGUCGAUAAAGGAUGCUGGAACUUUUCGCGCCUGUAAAAGAGUUGCUGUGCGUAGAGCCACUGCGCAUCGACAAUCUCGUGUUCCGGUUGCAUUCGCGGCUCACCGUACUUCUACUGAGCGUUUGUGCGAUCCUCGUCACUGCUAAGCAGCUCGUCGGCGAGCCAAUAUCCUGUGUCACUGACUCCGACGGAUUCGAAUCAGAACCAGUGAAUGCAUAUUGCUGGAUUUACAGUACAUUUACUGUGAAAAGACAUCUACGAGGGAUUCCUGGUCGAGAAGUGGCAGCUCCAGGAGUCGGCCAAGCGUUGGAUAAAGAUGAAAUUCUUCACCAUCGGUAUUAUCAAUGGGUUUGCAUCGUAUUGGCAUUGCAAGCAACAACCUUCUAUGCGCCUCGAGCUCUUUGGCAGGUAUGGGAGGGUGGUAUCGUCAGCUACCUGGCGCAAGAUCUCGCCUCACCGUUCGCUCGAGACACCUGGACGAAUGAACACCGAAGUCGACUUCUAAGUUACUUCUCUGAUAGCCUUACACGUGGCCAUAAUAUAUACGCCCUCAGGUUCUUCGCUUGUGAGAUCCUUAAUUUUUUCAACUCGUUGAGCCAGAUGUACUUGUUGAAUCUGCUGCUGGAAGGUCAAUUUUCGCGUUAUGGGCCUGCGGUAAUGGGUUUGACCUCGGAGACGAAACCGUUCGAGCGGGUCGACCCGAUGGCACGACUUUUUCCAAAACUUACCAAGUGUACGAUUCAUACAUUCGGACCCGGUGGCUCCAGCCAAACCCAUGAUGCCCUUUGUGUCCUGCCACUCAACGUCGUCAAUGAGAAAAUCUUUGUGCUACUUUGGUUUUGGCUCGUAUUCCUCGCUGGAGCCGGUGCCCUCGCCCUCAUUUAUAGACUGAUGGUGUUGACGCAGCCGUGGGCACGUAUAAUCCUUGUUCGCGCGAGCAUUCCGGGCUUGUCGCGGAUGACGGCCGAGCGUCUGGUGCGCAACCUGGGCUUCGGCGACUGGUUCCUAUUACGACAAUUGACUAAGAAUGCCAACCCUCUUGUGCUUCGACAGCUGAUACAUGACCUCACCGACGAUUACCCCAAAGUGGACGUCUGAGCUGAACAAUGAACAUACAUAGUAAACAGGGUGCGAUUUUUUGUUAAGUUCAUUAUUAUUGUGAAAGGUUUACUAAAAUGGAUAGAUUGUUUGUUAAACAGAGGUUAUGACCUUUUUAUUCGAAAGUACAUCUCUUACUUUUAAUGCUUAGAUUAAUUAAAUUUGGCAGUCCAAUGAGAGGAGACAAGUUGAUCAAAUAUCAUAAUUGUUACGUGCACUCAUCAAAUUAUCGCCUGGAAAUAGAUUUAGUUCCAUA